AUGUUCCGCCAAAGUCCAUACUACUAUGAAGUUAGAUAAGAAGUUUUUAAGGAAAUAAACAAUGAUUUAGCUAAAGAACUAUCAUUAAUGAAGAUAUCUGACUAACGAUUAGAUUAGACAGUUCCUAUAACAAAAAAAAGUGUGUCAAAACAAGAAUUCAUUAGUUAUUGUAUUUAUUAAAGAUUAUGAUUAAGUUUAUAAAAAAUAAAAGUAGAAUGAAUAAGUAAUGGAAACAGAAGAAGAAAACAAUUUAGUUUGCAAAAAUUGUGAUAGUAAACCAUUAAAUGCAAAUACAAUAUGUGUAGAAUGUUCUCGAUUAGCUUGUCAAAGAUGCAUAUAUUAAUGUUAUUAUUGUGGAUAGUUUUGUUGUUUAAUUUGUUGCAUAAAAAUAUAUCUACAUAAUGGAGAUUUUGUUUCUUGCUUACAUUGUAGUUAGAAUUAAUGA